AUGUCACGAGGCCAGCCAGCCUCCGAGAGCGCCGUCCGUGGCGGCACGGCACUGCCGCGCCGCCGACCCGCCCGCGCUAUCCCGCGCGCGCCCCUUCCCUUCUUCCAUCCAUCACGCAUGACGUGCUACGAAACGUUGAGAGCUUCGGCACCCGCCGCGGACGCCCCCAUGGCGCACCACUUCGUCAAGUGGUGGCGCAACAAGUUUAGAAAUGGAUAUAAAAAAUUUAGCAUCGGCACCGAGGGUGAGCGCACCGACACUGAAGAGUUGGUGGGGCGAGCGGCGUCGCAGUGCUCCGCCCCGCCGGAUCUUCUGCCGAGCGAGGCCCGUGCGUUGCUCCAACCCGUCACGCCACCGCCCGUGCCGGCCAGGGCACAUGAACAUCCCAGGGUACCGUCACCCCGAGCGGCCGAUGUGCAAGACGACAAACAGCCAAGGCUUCGCUUCGAGGAGCUGACGUGCGACGUUGAACUGAAGCAUCCCGAGCCGUCUAAACAACAGCCGCUUCAGUUCUCCUUCACAUUGUACGACCUCGACGGCCACGGUCGCAUGACUAAGGAUGACAUAGCGGGCAUAGUGUCAACGAUAUACGAGUCGAUCGGCAAGUCGGUGACAGUUCCGCACUACGGGUCGAAGACCAUCCAAGUGCGGCUGACGGUCGUACCCGACGCCGGGAGGGGGCGUAGCGAGCGCGAGAGGCGGGAGGGCAGGCGGCGCCGGGGUCGUGAACAGGGCGCGAGCAACGAAUGCGACCAUAGCGACGACGAGUUUGGCAGGCUGUCCUUCGACGACGACUCUUCAAAGUCCUCGUGCUCGGAGAAGAGGCCGCAGCGGCCCACGCCCCGGCCCAAGCACCGACCCCCGCGCAGGGAGCACCGCGACCACAAGCACCCCAAGAAACGCUCCGGCAGCCUCCAGAGGCGCGAGCUCCUCGAGAUCAUCCAGGCCAACAUGGAGAAGAACCACCUGAACUUUCAGACCACGAGAAAGCCGAGCGAUCCUGUUGCCAGCGAGGAGUCCGCACACAGGCGGCACAAGCACCGCGACCGCUCGCACACGGUGGGGGGGAGGCCGUGCGCGUACCAGCCGCCCGGCAGCCCGGACGCGGCCGGCGGCGACUCCAACCUGUGCCGCUACGACCGCUACCUGCACGCGGUCAUAUGCUCCUCCGCCCGCCACGCCAACACCGGCUACCACCAGCGGCAGGCGCAGCCGCAGCGGACGAGGGCGCACGCGAACAAACGCUCGCGCUCGCACGACCUCCCCGGCCAGAAGCCCCCGCAGCCGCGCGUGUUGCAGAUCAUAUUUUUA